UAAAAUUUUUGUACUCUAGACGAUUUUUAUUAACUCCAAAAAGAGUAGGGGUCUCCAAAAGAAGAGAGUGGAGAAAGUAUAUUCUACAGUACGUUUCCAUGGAGACUAUAUGUUAUAUCCAAUGUCAUAGUUACUAUUCGCAUACUUCAUUGCCGUAUUCUAAAAUUAAACACAUCAGUCUCUUUGAUUAACUUGCUCCAUUUUUACUUGAAGAUUAGCUGAAAUGACUACCAUAAUACACCACUUAUGUCGCAGAUACAUUCAAACCACCGUCAACAAAACUGUGAACAAAUUUAGGGUCGCUGGCCCAUCCGCCAUCUCCGGCAGUCGCGAAGGUGGCUUUAAAGUGUGGAAGAAGCUGACAUUUUUAGUGGCAUUCCCGUCCAUCGCUUUGUGCGGUGCUAACAUCUGGCUUGGUCACCAAAGACAGGGUCGUGAACAGGUGCCUUUCAUCAAGUACGAUCAUCUGAGAACUCGCACCAAACGAUUCCCAUGGGGUGACGGUAAUAAGUCCCUCUUCCAUAAUCCUCAUACCAACGCUUUGCCAGACGGUUAUGAACAUUAAAAAAAUAUAUUUACGUUACCAAAAUAUAAAAUUGAUUUGAAAUUA